UCUCUCUCUCUCUCUCUCUAUCUAUCUAUCUAUCUAUCUCCAUCUAUCUAUCUAUCUAUCGGUCUGUCUAAGAUCGUGGUUUUUCUCUGUUUUAUUGCCCUCAAAACCCUUGUGUUUCUUUAGUUGUGAUGGAGUAGAUGGCUUGAACCACGGAUAUUUCAGUACACCACAACAAAAUUCAAAUUAUUUUUUUAUGCAAAAUUUGUUCCAAAAUCAGUCUGUACCUAAUUUUUCAAAAACCUCAUCUCUCUCUAUUCAAAAGCCUAUUUUCUUCUCAGAUUUUUUAUACUCUAUUUGGCUGGAACUGUUAUGUUUCAAACUUUCAAUACAGUGGUGUAGACAUGACGAGCAAUGGAUGUGAGUUUUUGGGCAAAAAUUGCUCCAAAAUUCUGAAUUUUCGUUUUUUUUUUUGACAUAAUUGGGUUGUUUCCUUUUGAAUAUGACAUGAACCUUGAAAUGCUUUGAUGUUACAAAUAAAAUAAAAAAUCGCUAAAAGGAGGGAUUUUCCGAAAAAGAAACAGGCUAAAGUUUUUAUUUUAAAAUUUUUAUUUUGAAUUUUUCUUCAAUAUAAAUUGGCUGGGGAAUUCCAAGCACCUGGAUAUUAUUCAGCAGAAGUGUACCAUACAGAGGUUCUGUGUGUGUUUGUGUGUUUAUCAUGUACCAUACACAGGUUGUGCAUUGUGUACAUUACACCUGCUGUCUGUGGCUUACUUUUGCCAUUGUUAUCCCUUGUUCCCAAGAAUCCAUCUCUUGGUUAUUUUCCUUGUCUAUUGCCUACUGCUCUCAGCCUGUUAGCUCAAAUCAUGUAUUGUGUUUUUCUGUUCAAUUUUUGCAAGAAUAUGCUUGUUGCUGUGAAUUUUCCAUGCUUUUAUGUAUUAUUUUUCAGUUUAUGUAAUAAUUAAAUUUUAUGUUUAUAAUUUUUUUUCAUUUUUAGAGUGAUGAAAACUACAAUUGCACCAUAAUUUAUUGUAAGUUUUUUUGUCACAUGUCAUAUAAUAAUAUUGUACUUGACUUUGUCAUCUUCCAUCCUUUACUUCAUCAUUUUGCACAAUUGCUUUAUCGAAAGGUUGUAAAUUUAUGAGUUGUUUAUUAUUUAAUGAAAAAUGGGUAGGGGGCUUUCUCCCCCAUGAAUUACCCCGGAAAAAGAAAAAAAAAACUGUCAUUUUGCUUCCUUGUACUUCCCAAUUUAGACAUAAUUUGUGUAUUUGGUGUCUUGCGUUGGUUACCCAUUUAAGCCUCGUUGCAUGAGCUGCUUUCAUGACCUUAGGUUUUCUUGAUAUAUUUAUCUUGGUUUUUCUAUAGGGAUUGUAUACUAUGAGACCAUUUAUUUUUUGUAUAAGGAGGUCACAAUCACUUUCGACCAAUGGAUGUAAAAUUCAAUAGAUGAAAUUGUAUCACAACAUUCAAAAAAAUUUGUUUUGGACAAAUAAUGACGCACCCCUAACCACCCAAUCUCAAAUCUAACCGUCGAUGAUAAUUGUGAACUCGUUUUAUCAGAAGUAAAUGGUCUCAAUGUGCGCAAAAUAUGCCUUCCCUCUAUAAUACGAUGAAGGAUGGAAAAUGGGUUAUAGUUUGCAUGUAGCUAUGCAUCUUUAUCUUUGUUAGCAAAAAUAUGCAUCAUGGAAACAACAUGCGUCAUUGCUAUUUUUAGAUUUCUUGUGGAAUGGAGGCUAAUUGUUGCCAAUUUUGAGUUUGGUAUUGGUUGGAACUAUAAAGAUUUUCGGGUUAUCAGGGGGUUAAAAUUGAUGAGGGGUUCUGUUCGAUAAAUGUGCUUUUUGAGGAGUUUUAUUGCGUGGGGACUAGUCAUUCCUUGGCUGAAUGAGCCUUUGCAUCUCAUGGUGUGGGACAUGGAAUUAGUCAUAGUUUUGUCAUUUUAAUGCUAUGGUUCAUCAUGAUUGAUUGGUGAUUUACGUAAAUGACUAUAAUAUUGCUUGCUAAUUGCUGUUUGCCACAGCAUUUGAAUUUUGGAAUCCCCUGUUAUGGUUAUUAAAAGAAGCUCUGAUUAAUUUUGUCACUGACUUACUAUAAAUAAUUGCUUUCAUUUCUUGUUGUAUCCAGUAAGUGAUGGGGUCGACUAUUCGUAUUCCUAUAGGAAUUUAUGGAAUCGAACAAACAAAAAAUAUUCUAUGUAUCCGAAAUUAUGAGACCAGAGGCUGGAAAUGUGUUGCAAGAAAUGUUCCCUCAAUAUAUAUCUCCAAUUGUGUUGCAGCAGUAGAGACACCUGCAAAGUCGUCCAUGGGAUCACAUAGUGUCUCCUUCCCUGUUAUGGUAAAUGGAUGUACUGGCAAAAUGGGCAGGGCUGUAGCAGAAGCAGCAGUCUCUGCUGGGCUUGAGUUAGUACCUCUCUCGUUUAGUAAUCCCGAGAGAUCUGGUGAAAAGUUACAAAUUGGGAGCGUGGAGAUUUCAAUACAUGGUCCAUCGGAGCGAGAAAGCAUCUUUCAAUCUGUUCUUGAGAAAUUCCCAGAUGUUAUUGUGGUGGACUAUACAGUGCCUGCUGCAGUCAAUGAGAACGCUGAACUUUAUUGUAAAGUAGGUUUGCCUUUUGUUAUGGGCACUACUGGAGGUGAUAGACAAAGGCUUUUACAAACAGUUCAAGAUGCUAACAUAUAUGCAGUGAUUGCACCUCAGAUGGGGAAACAGGUUGUCGCCUUUCAGGCUGCGAUGGAAAUUAUGGCUGAACAGUUUCCAGGUGCCUUUGCAGGAUAUACACUUCAGGUGAUGGAGUCACAUCAAGCAAGCAAGCGGGAUACUUCGGGCACAGCUAAAGCCAUCAUCUCAUCAUUUCAAAAGCUUGGGGUGUCAUUUGAGAUGGGUCAGAUUCAGUUAGUUAGAGAUCCCAAGAUGCAAAUGGAGAUGGUAGGUGUCCCUGAGGAGUAUUUGAGUGGCCAUGCCUUCCAUAUGUAUCACCUUACCUCUCCAGACGGAACAGUGUCUUUUGAGUUUCAGCACAAUGUUUGUGGUCGGUCAAUAUAUGCAGAGGGCUCUGUUGAUGCUGCUAUUUUUUUAUCUAAGAAGGUACAAUCCAAGGCAGAAAAGAAGCUCUACAAUAUGAUUGAUGUUUUGUGUGAAGGCAAUAUGCGGUAGCCUUUGUCCUCUGCUGCAUAUAGAGCCCUUGGAGGAGGAGAAACCUCUUAAUCAGGGAAAAAUAGAAAAAACAUAAAGGAAAAAAAGGAAUCCUAAUGCCCUUUACCUGAAAGGUGGAGAUUUGGUAUUGUGAUUCUAUGGACCUGUGAGGCUCUUCGGCAUCUCAAAUGGUUGUUUGAUUCACCAUUACAUGAAGGUUUUGUGUUGUAACUUAGGUUGGAUUUCAGAAGAGGAAAAUUUUGUAAUAUUUAUGGAAUAUGGUGGCUGUAGGGAUAUGGAAUUUUGUUUUUUUAAUCCUGCAUUUUUGUUCACUCUGAUCUAAGAGUGAUCCAAAAGAACUUAUGUUAUAUAUAAAUUCUGAGUAAGUGGUAAUUAUCAAAGCCGUGAAUAUGGUAAAUAAACAUAA